GCGAGGAUGGAGAUGGUCUUUCGGCGGAAGAGAUGCUGCUCCAGAGGAGACGCGUCGACGUCUUCAUUGGGAAGAGGGGGAAACUCGAUCAUGCAUAUUGGGGUUCCAGAGGCUCGCCGGAGAUCGUCCCAGAACCCGGCGACGGAGGAGACGCGAAUUAGGGCCUCAACGGGGUCAAUCGCGAGGUAGGAGGAGGAAAGGCAACGCAGCAUGGAAGCUCCCACCAGGGCCAAACACGCUCCCCAUCAUCGGCAACCUCCACCAGUUGGGCCACAGCCGCCUGCACCAGUCCCUGUGGGAACUCUCCAAGGAACACGGCCCUGUCAUGCGCUUGAAGCUUGGCCAUGUACCCGCCGUGGUCGUCUCUUCCGCGGGGUCGGCCGAGCAAGUCCUCAGAACCCACGACCUCGAGUGCUGCAGCCGGCCUCGCACCAUCUCCAACGCGAAAGUCUCCUUCGGCGGCUCCGACGUGACCUUUGCCCCGUACGGAAGCCAUUGGAGGGAUCUGCGGAAGGUUUGCGUGGUGGAGCUCUUCACCACCAAGAAGACCACGUCCUUUAGACCAGUGAGAGAGGACGAGGUCCAGAGAACCGUGGAAUCGAUCCGUUCUCGUGCUCCCAACUCGGUCGUCGUCAACCUGAGUGAGGAGCUGCUCUCUCUUGCUGCCAAUAUCACUUGCAGGACCGCCUUUGGCGGUCGCUGCCACGACGGUUUCCACCGCAUCACCAAAGAGUGUCAAGAAAUCCUUGCCACCUUCUUCGUAGCAGACUACUUCGCCAUGCUCGGGUGGGUGGACGUGAUCAGAGGAACGCAAGCCAGGCUUCAAGAUGUCUUUCUUAAGCUCGAUGUUUUUUGCCGACGACUCAUAGAUGACCAUCUCGAUCCAAGGAGGCAGCAAUCCGACGAUGGUGAAGACACCUUGGAUGCUCUGCUCCGCCUCCAAAAGGACGACAACAAUAUUACAGACGCUCACAUCAAAGGAGUACUCGUGGACAUCUUCGUUGCCGGGUCCGACACAUCGGCGUCGGGGCUGGAGUGGGCGAUGACGGAGCUCAUGAGGCACCCGGAGAAGCUGAGACGGGCACGAGAUGAGGUGAGAGGCUGCGUCGGGAGGAAAGGGAAGGUGGAAGAGAGUGACGUCCACCAGCUCGCGUACCUCAAGUGCGUUGUGAAGGAGACACUGAGGCUGCACCCUCCCGCUCCACUGCUUGUUCCGAGAGAGACGAUGGAGCACGUUAAGGUGGAUGGAUAUGAUGUUCCUCCCAAGACAACGAUCUAUGUGAACGCAUGGGCGAUAGGGAGGGAUCCCAACUCAUGGGAGCGGCCGGAGGCGUUCGAGCCUGAGAGAUUCAUGCGGAGCUCUGUAGACACGAAUGGGCAAGACUUCAAGUUCAUACCAUUUGGGGAAGGUCGAAGGAUUUGUCCUGCUAAGAACGUUGGCAUGGCAACGAUGGAGCUUGCGCUGGCCAACCUCUUGUAUUCUUUUGAUUGGGAUUUACCAGAUGGGAUGAAGAAGGAAGACAUCAGCAUGGAUGAAGCGCCUGGCAUUACUGUGCACAGGAAAUUUCCUCUGGUUCUUGUGGCCACCAAGUAUGGUGGAAUAGAGGUGAACGAUAAAUCUGAAUGAUGAUUCUUCUCCGAAACCAAA